GAGCCUUUCAAGGUGGAUAGGUGCGUUUCGAGUAGCCUGACUGAAUUCCUGAAAUGGGGAGGUUUUCAAGUGUGUGAUGAAUGGUGAAGAACUGAAUAGUAAGGGCAGGGUAGGAAGGUAGGGAAACCUGAAGGAAAUCCCAGGUGUGAAGAUCGACUUCCAUGUCACGUCAUCAAGACACUUUAGUGAAUUAAAACCGAUGCAGUAAGACGCAUGACAAUUCGGUGAUAGUCAAGGUUUAGAUUAUAUGCUCAAGUUGAAAAUAGUCAGAUGCAAGUGUGUAGAAGAGGCAGAAAAAAUGCUGGGGGCCUUUCGGAAGACUUCAGGAUACGAAUAAAUUUUUUAGACUGGUCAUUAAGGACUUAAACUGAUGAGUAAUGGGUAUCUGUAUUAUGGGCAGGGAUGGUACACAAGUACGCAUUCACCUUUAAAAAUGAUACUUGCGACAAUCGAUUGCGGUAACAGUGUAAAUGCUUAUUUAUGUGCAUUUGCACUGCUGUGACAAGAAAGUACCUUGCAUUUUAACAUGUAUACCACAAAUGAAGUAGAGUGGCAUAUAAACAUUGAAAUGCAUUAUUUUUUCAUAUCAGCACAAAUGCAUAUAAAAUAAGUACGUAUUUGCAGUUACCGCAAUCGAUUGUUGCACGUUUCGUUUUUAAAGGUGAAUGCGUGCUUGUGUACCAGUUAUGUUCAUCCCUGAUUAUGGGCAAUAUUGGGUAAUGGAUUGCUGAACAUUAUUGCAUCGUUUUAAUGUCUUGUGGUAGCUUUCUGACUAAGCUAUAUUUUACAUGCAAACACAUGUCCAGGACAUUUAGAAGUAAGUUGUAGUGUUAGUGCAGUGAGUACACAGUGAGGUCUGAAGCCGGCUCUUCUAUACUCUUUCAUCUGACUAUUAUAGUUUUAUUAUGUAGCCCUAGUGUCCUUUGAGAGGUGUGAUUGAGCAGAAGGAGGAAAUCGAGGAGUUCUGUGGGUAUGGUGGGCUUUUCUGAAAAGUAAGAUGGAGGUGCAAAUUGGUGAGUCCACGUGGCUGAGCAGAAUGUGCCGAGGAAGCCGUGCUGCUGGGGUGGGACAUCAUGUUCUCAGGCCUUGGGGUAGAUGGGGGAGGGCAAUUAAUUACUCAACAUAGACUAGGAAAAUAGGAGGAGGAAAGAAUUACUGUGAUUUUACAGAUUUUGAGAGUCGAGGUUUUUCAAGGUCUUAGCCUGAAUGUUCCAAUAAUGACUCUUCAUCUAAAUUUGCCUUUGCUUUUCUUUUGUCUGGGAGUUUUAAAAAUGGAAAAUAUGUUUUUUGUAAAUGCGUGGUCCCGCGAUGAUGAUACUGGAGGGGUGUUUACAGCAGGGUGGGUGGCUGCUGAAGUGCUGCUCCUUUAAGAGCCAAGCUGUGUGCGAGAGUGGGAGAGGGAGGGACCUCGCUGCCCUCCAGAAAGCAGGAAGGGAGCCGAGUUGAGACUGCCACUGACGCCGUUUGGCUGGUGCACACGGACAUCCGAGCGGCACGCAACUGGGGCAGGAUAGAGCGCUGCUGAGGGGGCGAGCAAGACGGGCAGAGCCAGCCCUGGAGAGAGAACGGCAGAGUCACAGCAAGAUCCCCCUCGCUGCUGUUGCAGGUAGAAUGGGGUGGAAGCAAGAAAGGAAUCCCAAAAAGGAAACCGACAAGACAAGUUAACCGACGUAAGGACAUUUGCACAAGUGGUGGUUGCAGUCCGCGGUUUGGUGGCAGGCGGCUGGAAGAUGUCAUCGGGGGCAAGGGUCAGGAGUGGGCGAUGGGGUGGGGCGGGACCCAGAGAUGCAGGGGAGGGUCCAGUGGGGAUCCCCUUCCCAGAGUACAGCACGGAGCUCCUGGUCGGCCUGAACGAGCAGCGCCUCAAUGGCCUCCUCUGCGACGUGCUGCUCGUCACCCAGGGCCACGAGUUCCCCGCCCACCGCUCCGUCCUGGCCACCUGCAGCACCUACUUCCACCAGCUCUUCACUUCAGGUGCUGCCGCCGACCGCCAGAGCGUCUACGCCAUCGACUUUGUGCGUGCCGAGGCCCUGGCCACCCUGCUAGACUUCGCUUACACUGCAACCCUGACCGUCAGUCACGCCAGCGUGCAGGACGUGCUGAGCGCUGCUCGGCUGCUGGAGAUCGCCCCUGUGCGGGAUGUCUGCUGCCACCUGCUGGAUGCAAAAGUGCUCUCCCUGCCGGCUGGCUGUGAGCACAGCGAAGAGGAAGAAAUGGAGAAAGAGGAGCAGGCAGGAGCUGGUGAGGGAGAGCAAACAAAGAGACUCUGGGCACGCGAGUACCUGGAGUACUUCCAGAAGGGGGCGCACUGGCAGGGAAGUGCUGCACCAGAAUUCAGGGACGUGCAUUCGCUUCCUGCUCCAGCCAGCCCUCUGCCAUGUGCCCAACGUGAUGAGGUGCCUCAUGGACACCGCUCACCCCCAGCCCACCUGCUCAAGCCAGACCCCGAGGAGGAAAAUGAAAAGGAAGACGAGAGGGACACUUCGAUGUGGCAGAGGGCCAUCCAGGCUGGGGCUCCCUCCCUGAAUGGACACCAUUGCCCUCCAGAAGACCUCAAGUGUGAGGUGGAGCCAUACGGUGUAUCAGCUAGCGCACUGCUGCAGGAGAUGAUAGACUCUGUGAGCCGGAAGGAGUCGGCAGAUGGUGCGGAUGAAGCCACUGUGGACUUCUACCUGAACUACUUCAACAGUGUAGCGCGUAAGGGGGCCCAUGUGGCACAGGACCUGCUGCCCCUGUGGGCGACGCAGCACAGUGGGGGGAGUGGGGAGAAGAAGAUGAGGUCAAAGGCCUUCCAGAAGUGUCCCAUUUGUUCCAAGGUGAUCCAGGGAGCAGGAAAACUGCCCAGACACAUCCGGACGCAUACGGGCGAGAAGCCCUACGAAUGUGCAAUCUGCAAAGUGCGCUUCACCAGGCAGGACAAGCUGAAGGUCCACAUGCGGAAGCAUACGGGCGAGAAGCCCUAUCUGUGCACACAGUGCGGAGCUGCUUUUGCGCACAGCUACGACCUGAGGAACCACGCCCGCGGUCACACGGGCCUGCGACCCUACCAGUGCCCCCGCUGCUGCAAGACCUUCGUCCGCUCUGACCACCUGCACCGGCACCUGAAGAAGGACGGCUGUGACGGAGAGCCACCGCGCCGUGGCCGUAAGCCACGCCCCCGGGACCCCUCCUCUCUUCCUAAUGCACUCGGGCCCCGGGUGCACACUGGUGGCGGGAGGCGGGGCCUACGGGAGACGGUUCAGGUUGCUGAGGUGGAUCCUCUUUGUGGUCACGCUUACCCUCCCUCCACUCACAGCUCUCAGGUACGGGGCCCCUUGCAGGAGGGGAGGGGACACUGUCAAGCAGAGCCACGCUGAACCACAGCAAUCAUGAGUGAUAACAUGAGUGCUCCUCCAUCACCCAAAUCAGGGAGUCACACACUCUGCCAUUUCUGUUUAUUUUAUUUUCAUUUGUGUUGCUCUGAGCACAGGACUGCUGAGUGGCUCCUACCAGCAGGGGACACAACACUUUUGCAGGGGUUUGCAAAAAUCUAUGCAGGGAAAUCGUUUCUGAGGGCUGUUCCACAGCACAGAUCCCAGCGCAGCCUUUGAGUUUGCAUUACAAAAUGUGGCACAUUUCUAAUGCAUGGGAUUAAUGGUCAAUGAACAAAAAUUAUCAACAUACUUACAUACACACAUACAUGCAAGGAUACCUCAACCAAUCACAUAACUCCCUUAUUACUUUCCAGAGAGAAUCAACCAAGUGAUUCUAUUGUCUCUUACUCUAUACAAAAGAAGUAGGGACUUUUUGCAAAGACCACCACUGUCUCUCCACUGGGGGGCAUUAAUUCCUUUCUUUUCUAUGACUCCGGCCAAGCUGUUCUGUCUUAAUUCUUUAUUUUAUGCUCAUCCAAUGCUCUGGAUACUGUUAUAUGGUGCCGCUAACUUUAGUCUCUUUUUAAAUCUUUUCAAAACAUAUUUACCUUGCUUUGUUAGAGUACAGUGAGAGUAGGAUAGUAAAAAGCCAAACUAAUUUCUGCACAGGUUGAAAAAGGACCUUAAGGAUCCCUGGUAACACAUAACAGUCCCAAGGAGUGAAAUGAUGUGUCUAUUACCAGACGGAGAAAGAAAAUAAGUGUGAAAGGUUCCGCAGUUUAUGAUUUGGGUUUUAUCUGGCACCUGUCUGAAACCUGGUUUAAAACAACGUUCCCAACAUGCCCUGCCAGCUCUGUCUAGCUGGUUCAAGCCUCUAGCACGGACUCCCACAACAGGAAUUACGUGAUGCUGAAAGAUUUAUCAAGGUUCUUCAGCGGUCCCCUAAACUCCGCCUUCGUCCCUCAGCAGACAUAUUGCAUACUAUUGCACAUCUGUCACCCUGUGAGGACAGGUAGAGUGACAGCUAGACCCCUAUUCAUCCAUGCACAUCGUCUUUUUGGGCUGGACAAAGGAGCCGUUGUUCUUAUGGGCUCUUUGAAGAUGUGGCUGAUUUUCCCAAAAUGCUUUGCUGACACUAAGCGUGCUAAGCCCCUCCCACCAUGGGUUUAGACUCAGAUCAAGCAUUAAAAUAUCUCACUCUAAGCUACAAGUUACAGUCUGUGUUGCCGUGGAAUUAAUAAUAAUAGUCAUCGUAUUGCCCAUAUGAACUGUAUAAAGAUCGCAAGCACAACGUAUAUCUUAUCCUCCCUUUAGCGCCAUGCAACAAUUUGUAUAGACAGAAACCACUGGUAUUUUUUUUUAGUUAAUUCAUUUAACAAGCAAGAGUAUGGUGCACGUAGCAUCCUGCAGGGGGAGACAUUUAUCGACGUGUGGCUAAGACUGCAAUAAUGCGAGAAUAUUCGGAUACACAUAACAGAACUUGCAAAUCUAAAAUCAGAUGGAGGGAAGCAACAUUAUGGCUUUUCCACGUGAAACCCUCAAAGACCAUUACUGGAAGUUCUAAUUAGAACAUCAGAGGUUACAUAUGUAUGGAAACGAUGUAACAUAAUUAUAACAGAAGUAUUUCAAAUUCACAUAAAAAGAAACCACCAAGCAAAAUGGUGGUUUACUGUGACAGUAGGAAUUCAUUGUAGAAUAUCUGGUAUGUAAUUGCAGAUCACAGAAGCAACAUUUUGAAUAGUUGCAUGGAAGUAGGCUCCUUUGUGUACACAAGGGUUUCUCUGGUCAUGUCAGAAGGUGGACUGUUGUUCCAGCUGUCCAGUCUAAGACUGAUGCGACAUCAGUGAGAUGUUGAUGAGAAUGUGCCUUAAGUGGAGAGAGAACCAAAAUCCUCUUAGAGUUCCUUGAUAGGGAAGUUGAGGCAAGAGAACUCAUGAGUGUUCCAAAGAGUUUAGGUGGAUAUUUCUGAUAAUUUACAAAAUUUUACCAUUCAGAAGAAAUGAGAUGAAGAUUCAAUCCUGACUAAAUUACAUAGCUCAUUUAAGAAAAGAUCAUGUUGCUUAAAUAGAAAGUAGAUAAUAAUCCAUAAUUCCAGAUUACUGAUUUCUGAAUGACAAGGCACUUUGUAUUGUCAUACUUGGUUCCAUAAUCAUGAAACACAACAAGUUUAGCAUCAGAACUCUGAUAUCUGGACGGUAUGGGGUUACAGCAGGACUGGUAGCCUUAUGCUCACGUCUGAAUUCUGCUUACACUGUCUGUGAGUUUGCACUACGUUCAAUCGGGAACAAAUGUUUUGCACAAAUUAGCGAUUAUUAGACUUCGAGGGAAGGGGGAAAAUAUGGGGUUCUGUUGGAGAGUGCAGGUGCAGAAAUGCUCCAGGGAAGAAUUGAAUUGAAUUGAAUGGGUCCAUGUGCUGACAUGAUGUAGGGAAUGAACAGAGACGGGGUCCAGUGAUCACAAGAUGGUCUUCAGUGGUGGCCUUCAUUAAUAUCCUGCACCCUGUACGAUCCAUUACUCAUUUUGUGGUACGGUAGUUUGCUUCUGUAUGUUGAUGCGUAUAUUUUGUAUAAGACCACAGCAGAGCUUCAUUCUCAGAGUUGUUUUUAGAAGCCAUCAAAGGCUAGUUGGUUUGCAUGCCUGUCACACAAACUGCUGACCGCCGUUGCCGCUGCUUAUACAUCAUAUCCAACUUCCUGUGUUCCCUCCUGAUUUUCUCCUAAGUUUGGAAGGGUUAAAAAAUUGUCUUCCAUUAAAAAAAAGAAAGAAUACACUCUAUAACAAUAAUAAAUACUUGUUGGUGGCAGAGGUGCGUUACUCACCACAGAGGAUACAUUCUGCCUUGGAUUUUCACAUUUCUAAUUUGAAAGGAGCAAAAUUGGCUAGACGAGUGUCUUAAAGAUUCAUGCUUCUGUUCCUCAUUCCAAUCCUUGACCGCAAUGUCUGACUCUAGUGUGAGGGACAGGCUGAAUGAAUGCCGUAUUCACUUGCCUGUCCAGUGAACAGCGUGGCUCUGUGAUUGUGACGAAGCACUUUUUGCCAAAAGCCAUUCAAAUUUUUUUAUUAUUAUUGUUAUUCUCUUAGAUUUUUUUUUUGUACUGAUAUUAUUUGUAUUUAUAUACAAAAAAAUAUGGAAAUGUAUAAAAAAAAAAAAAAACCUGUAGAAGAUGAGAAGAAAUAGCUGCCUUGGACGUCUACCUUGUUGUUGCCCUAAGGCCACACCCACCACAUCUGCACCACGUGGGGAACAGCUACCACCUGCUUCUAGAAACACUGCCUCCCCAGCUACAGCCCAGAAUUAACGACAAAUCGAAAUCCAUCCAAUUCCGAGGGGCUAGCAGCACGUUAUUUCGAGCCCGAGACUCAGAGACUAUUGCUGCCUGUGGGUAGCCCUCAUGAUUCAGCAUCUCUAUUAGCGGUAGAUAAGUGACUGUAAGUCCAGGAUUCAUUUCCAACUAUACUGCCAAAAGCAGCAGGUCUUUCACUGACCAUAGUCCUGUGUGGACCCCCGCAGGAAGGAUCAUAAGCUUACACAAAACGCGCAACCUAAUAACAUCGGCAUAUAGAUGAAAGCCUCAUGUCUUUGGGCAUGCCCAGAUAUGCAGCAGCCUUUUAUAUGUAGUUGUAAGGAACCAAUAGAAAUGUAUGAGUACAAUCAGCGUGCAAAGCCAUGCUUCCACAGGCCGAAACAGGCUCACUGGGGAGGGAACGGCGAGUGGUCGCAUUUCCGUGGCCGCUGGAGAGAAUCUGUGGGUGCAGAGGAUUCCCCAUAUCUCAGACUGGGACAUCUGCUCCUACUAACAAAUACUUGUAUCUCUUGAAUUUAGUCAAAGUCUAUUGCAAAGGAAGGAUAGGGAUUGAAGAGACUGCAUUUUUGCCUAUGCAAUUAAAGACUGGUAUGUAUUGUGUAUGAGAAUACUAAACCAACAUACAUCAAAUCAUCAA